UGUCAAACUAAAUGGGGAAUAGACAAUGAAAAGAUUGCUUUAGCAAAAUAUUUUGAUAUUGUAAAACAUCAUCAUGUUAAUUUUAAAAUUAUAAAGUGUGGGUUUUUUAUAUCGACAGAGUAUCCUUUCAUAGGUGCUUCUCCAGAUGCUUUAAUAUCUUGUGAAUGCUGUGCUGAAGGAUGUGUUGAAACUAAAAGUCCUGCUAACCAUAAAGACAAUUUUAUAUUAGAAGCUAUUGGUAAAGGUAUGACAUUUUGUAUACAAAUAAUGAACACUGAAAAAAAGCUCAAACAAACACACCCAUAUUACUUUCAAAUUCAAACUCAGUUGCAUACAUGUAAAAAAAAGUUUUGUGAUUUUUUUGUAAAUACAUCUAAAGAUUAUCACUUAGAAAGAGUUUAUCCAGAUAAUUCUAUAUGGACAGCCUGCGUUACUAAGUGUCAGCAAGUAUUUAGCAGUUCUAUCUUGCAGGAAUUAGUUGGUAAAUUUUUUACAAGAGAUACCAAAAAUAUGGAUUUUGACUUUAUUGAUGAUCACAAUUUAUAUUGUUAUUGUAAUGGCAAUGAAAAUGGUGAGUUAUUUCCUUGUGCAGGAAAGAGUUGCAAAAUUAAACUUUUUCACUUGGUAUGCCUAAAAUUGAAUAAUAAACCAAAAAAGAUUGGCUGUGUCCUGAUUGUCAUAAAAAAAAUAAUUAGUAUCUAAAUGUGAGCAUCGAUUUAAAUACUUGUAAUAAAAGACUUUAUUUACUUAUUUUAAAUUUUUUUUAUAUGAUGUUUCAGUCUGAUUAACUCAGACGAUCAUCAAGCGUAAUAAUUUAUAAAUAAAAAAAUGAUUUUUUUAAUUUUAUGUCUGAUGAUGGUAUGAACUAAUUAGUC